AUGUCGAUCACUCACACUGUACUCUUUCAGUUCAAAGACGAUGUCGACCAAAAAGAUAUAAGAAAAACAUGCGAUGAUUUCCUUCAACUGAAAGAUCAAUGCAUCCAUCCUACAAGCAACAAGCCAUACAUUUUAUCAUUGCAAGGUGGCAAGGAUAACUCGCCUGAGGGCAUGCAAAACGGGAUAACCCAUGGAUUCGUUGCAACCUUUGAGUCGGCAGAGGAUCGUGACUACUACGUCAAGACUGACCCAGCUCAUCAGACCUUCAUAGCUAAUGUGGGUGGUCUUCUUGAGAAAGCGAUUGUGGUUGACUUUACGAAUGGCGUCUACUAGGGUCAACUCGACACUUUGCUGCUGAAACCAAACCCUACUUUAACCCCCAUAUCAAAUGAAAAUCAACUAGACACAGCCUGCUUAUUUCAAGUAGCCAACAGUACAUAGAAUCAGGACACUUUAGCCAAAAUCAGCAUGAAGACGAAGAAGAUACCGAAACCAACGCGGCGUGCAUUUAUAACUACCCCAUACGUCCGUAACACGA